CCACCCUUAUUCAUCGGGACCCGUUGUCGUUCUUGGACUAGUUGUCGUUGUGUGAGUAUCGGAGAGUGUGGAAAUGGGGAAACCUGAGAAUCGGAGUAAGGGCGACGAGCUUCACUUCGCGGCCAGGUCCGGCGACCUGGGCGCCGUUGAGUCGAUCCUCAGCGCCGAUCCUUUGGCCGUCAAUUCCAGAGAUAAGCACUCCAGAACUCCACUUCAUUUAGCGGCAUGGUCCGGGCAGGUAGGAGUUGUAAGUUACCUCUGCAAACAUAAGGCCGAUGUUGGUGCUGCUGCCAUGGAUGACAUGGGUGCAAUACACUUUGCUGCUCAGAAGGGACAUCUUGAAGUUGUUCGGACUCUUCUCUCAUCUGGGGCAUCCAUCAAAGCUUCCACUCGCAAAGGCCUGUCUCCAUUACACUACGCUGUGCAAGGCUUGCACCUAGAACUUGUCAAGUACUUGGUAAAGAAAGGUGCGAGUCUAAGUUCAAAGACCAAAGCAGGAAAGACCCCUCUUGAUUGUGCAGACAAUGAAGAAAUCCGCUCCUAUUUGGAAGAAUAUGAAAUUUUGUCUAAGAAUGGAGGUCUGAAUGCCAAACAGAAAGCCGAAGAAUCUAAUCAAAAGUCUUCUCAGAAGGAAGAAGAGAAUUCAGGCAGUGAAGCUGCUGAAACUGCACAUGAUAAAUCAGAAGAUAAAAAAUUGAAGAGAAAGGGUGAUGAGGACGAGUCUAAGGAAGCCUCGGCAGAACCGAAAAACAAAAGAGUUAUGCUCAGUCAUCUGGUAAGUGAAGAUGACACGCAAGAUGGCGAAGAAGCUGAGUAGGUACGAGUCUGGUGAAGUAACUUUCUUUUUCUAGCAUCUAACAGGUACAUCUAUUAUAGCAUCUUGUUACUCUUUGGUGCUUUGGUGAGAUAAUAUCACUUGAUGUAUGACUUGAUAGAUCCAUACCUUUUGUAAUUGUUUAUCAAAUAUUUUUCCUAGCAAA